AGGUCCGGAGGCCUGGCUUCAUGUGUACGACCUGAAUGGGACGAAGGGGGCGAACAACACCCUGCAUCCACUUGGCCUGGGACUUUUCCAUGCUGGAUUGGAGGUCUACGGAGUUGAGUGGUCGUUUGGCGGUGCUUUGAUGCCGCCGGGCCACCUGCCAGUGACUGGCAUCCACUCAAUGCCGCCGCGAAGCUGCCCCGGUGCCACCUACAGGGAGUCAAUUUCCCUAGGUGCAGUCCCACACUCUGCAGAGGAAGUGUGGCAAAUCCUGCUGAAGUUGGCAGUGCAAUGGCUAGCUACUGCCUACCACCCGCUGAAACGCAACUGUCUCAACUUUUGUUCCGAGUUCGCAACUGCUCUCGCGGUCCAAGAUGUGCCUAGCUGGGUGGGGCGGUUGGCCUUGGCAGCAGACAUCCUCCUAUCGCCUGUGGUGGGAGUGCUCGACGCCUUCAACGCGUUGGGCUCUUUGGAUGCUGCUCCUGUCGAUGCGGUGUUGGCGGAUGAGGACGCUCGGCAGCGCCAACUCCCUGUAACUUCAGAGGCGUGUGAUACAACCUGUGACCUCGUGCCCGUGUUGCCAGAGAAUGAGCAGAGCCCUUCAGCUAUCGAGACCGCAGUGGUGCAAGAUUUUUUCGAGCAGUUUGACUGGGCCAACACGCAAAUGGCAGCGGAACAUCGCCUUUGGGAAGAGCAACUCGAGCAGAAGCGUUUGCAGUGCCUUUUGGCAUUUCUUUGACGUUUCACCUCUCAGAUGAGAGACUCAAACACGUUCAAAACACCUAUGCAUGCUCAUGCUCAUCCUCAACUUAAGUGGCUGGAUUCCACAGGGUCAGGCUGUUUAGAAGCAACAAAAGACGUCAAAUUCUGAAUGCAAAGACCCGCAGAAAGUGCCGCCAUCAGCGCCAAAAAAAGCCUGC